AUGCUAGGUCGAUGCUGGGACGUGGUCAGAGUUCCCCAUCGGUUGGAGUAUUGGUCACGGGGUCGUGACCGGUAUCGGGAAGGUGUGGGACUUGGGUCGAUUCUAGGCUGGUACCAUACUACGAUCAUGGCUAGUAUUGGGGCUUUGCCGUGGCCAAUCGAGAACUUGCUCCAGCACGCAUGUGGGUCGAGGGUCGGUCAUAAUAUCGUGAUCUAUACUCGUGUCCGGUAUUGGGACUUCUCGGUUACGGGAUGUGAGAUACGGUAUUAUCGGUCAUAG